UUCUGCUCUUGUAUCCAUUCGGUUUAUCUUUUCUUGUUGAAAUCAUUUACUUGUUAUCAUGGCGUUGGAAGAGAUCUGUGUUACCGGUGCCACAUGGUUGACGAAGAAAUUGGUUUCGACUGCUGGCAAAAUACUUGGUAAGGCUGGUGCUGUAGAUAAAGAUCUCCAAAAGCUUAAGGAUACUCUGGAAAUGAUCGCUGCAGUAACAUCGGAUGCUGAAAAGAAGCAGGUCAAAGACAAAGUUGUGCAACUCUGGUUGAGAAGGCUCCGGAGCAUUGCAUAUGACGUUGACGACCUUUUGGAUGAAAUGUCCUACGACGCCAUACGUUUCUCUGAAAAACAUGGAAAACUAGUACAUCGCAUUUCAGUUAACUUUGAUUUUUCUCAUAGAAUCAAAGUCCUUAAUAAAGAUUUAGAUGAAAUUUCCAAGCAAAAAGAUAUGUAUCAGUUGAAAUAUAGUGAUGAUGAUCAAUAUACUGAGCAACUAGACCGGAUGACAGCAUCCUUUGUAGAUGAUUCUAAUAUUGUUGGCAGGGAAGAAGAUAAAUCUCGCAUAAUAGAGAUGUUAUUGAUGAAGAACCAAGAAAAUGUUUCAGUCGUUUCAAUUGUGGGCAUGGGGGGAAUCGGGAAAACGACCCUGGCUCAAUUGGUAUAUAAAGACCAGUCGAUUGAGAGAAGCUUUAAUCCAAGAGUUUGGGUUUGUGUUUCUGACAACUUUGAUAUCUUUCUAAUUUUAAGAAAUAUUCUAGAAUCCAUGAAUGAAAAAAAUUGUGAGUUCUCUAAUGUCAAUGUACUGGCAAGAAAAGUUCAGGAAGAGAUUAGUGGGAAGAAAUAUCUAUUGGUACUAGACGAUCUUUGGAACGAGAAUGCCGAAGACUGGGAGAAACUUAAGGAUUUAUUAAGCGUGGGUGCUCAAGGGAGCAAAAUAUUAAUAACCACACGUAAAGAUGAUGUUGCUUGUAUUGUCAGGGGUACAACUCCACCUUACAAUCUAACAACCUUGACGAAUCAAGAAUGCUGGUCUAUUGUUGAAAAAAGAGCUUUUUCUCCUGGUGGAGCAGUGAUCAAGACCCCAGACAUGUUAAAGAUAGGAGAGGAGAUCGCGGGAAAAUGUGCCGGUUUACCACUUGCAGCUAAUUUUCUUGGAAGUCUUUUGCGCUUGAAAAGUAACAAGUCUGAUUGCGGUGUUUCUCAUAUUGCUGCUUAUUUCCCAAAGAUUGGAGAUAUCGUAGAGAAACACUAA